AUGUUCUCUAUAUACACACUGGCUGUCACCUCCAUAUCUUCGGACCAAUGUCAGGCGUCCUUCGGUGACACUAGGGACGCCCUUUUGACGCGUUACCGAGCUGCGUCCCUCCAGGCGCUUGUCGCGGCCGACUUUCUCACAACCAAAGAGUUUGAGGUUCUGCAAGCACUUGUCUUGUUCCUUCUUGCAGACCCGGAAUCAGAAUUGACUUCCACACUGACCGGUGCCGCCAUAAGACUGGGCCAAAAAAUGGGUCUACACCGAGAUGAGAGCGACCCCAAGAUUUCGUUCUUCGAGAGGGAAAUGCGCAUCCGGCUUUGGUGGUGGCUGUGUGGCCUCGACUCCCGAAACCGUGCUGUCUGGCCAUCGGGCCUUAAGAUACCGCUCCCGGAACUGGGCGAGAUUCGCCUUCCGUUGAAUAUUAAUGACGCGGACUUACAUCCCGACAUGGUCGAACCUCCUGUCGAGUACAAUAGACCGACAGAGAUGAUGUGUGUCCUCAUGAAGUACGAAGUUUCCAACUGGCUUCGGUCAUCGCCGACAUCAGCCAAGGUCUUUGACGCUAUGGUUCGAGGCCCUGUGAGAGACAGGCUGUCGUUGGAACUGGAAGAGAAGCUCAUCAAUGAGCUCGAGGACAUCUACCAGGAGAAGUACCUUCGCCAUGCUGACAAACGCAUACCUCUCCAUAAUCUGACGUGCGCCAUGGCAACCCUUGCCCUCGCUCGAAUGCGGUUCAAGGCCCAUCAUCCCCGUGGCCGCGCAGCUGCCGGUGAUGGUGAGGUGUACAUGACCGGCGAGGAAGGCGAACUGCUCUUUGCUUCGGCCGUGACCUGGUUAGAAAUGAUGGAUGUGGCCGCACAUAGCCAGUUUGCCUCGUAUCUGGUCACGCACAUGACGACCAGGUUCCAGAUGGACGCGUACAUCCACAUCAUCAGUGACCUGCGGCAGCGGCUUCAGGGAGAUCGUGUGGUUGUGGCUUGGAAGCUGGUUGAAGAUCUGUACAACGAGCAUCCUGAGCUGAUGCAUGAUGCUGAAAACACUUUCAUUGUUGCUCUGGGUGACCUGACUCUGGAGGCUUGGGAGAUGCACAGGAAGGAGUUAUUACGCCAAGGUAGUCCAAAUCUUGCUGGGGCACCGCAGUUCAUUCAAAGGCUAUGGGACCAAAGGCAGAGCGGAGCGAUGCACAUGCCUACACUCCUAGAUCCCUACGCUUUGGAUGCGCUUGGUAAGGUGGACGACAACGACUUUGAUUGGGAUUGUUGGAAUGAUUUCUUGGGGCUGUGA